AGCGUGAAUUGUAUUUUAUUUGCAGCUUUCGGUUUCAGUUGUUCUUAAAAAAAAAUCUAAAUGUAAGGCUUGCUUUUGUAGUGUUUUGGAUGAUUACCAGCUGAAACAUAGGUAAGAGUAACUUUAUUCCUAUUUAAAACAGAAGGAAAUAUAUUGGAAUGGGAAAUCAGACAUUACUAAAGGAAUUAUUUCUCUAUGGAUUGUCUGACCUUCCAGCUCUUCAACUCCCUCUAUUUCUCUUCUUCCUUUUCAUCUACCUAUUUACAAUAAUCUGGAAUUUGAUGAUCAUUUCCCUCAUAGUCACUAACUCUCACCUCCAUGUACCUAUGUAUUUCUUCAUUGGAAACCUGGCUGGUUUGGACCUCUCUUACUCCUCAUUAACCGUCCCACGAUUAUUAUUUGACCUUUAUGCCAAGACAAGAAGAAUUUCCAUAAAGGCCUGUAUAACCCAAGUCUUCUUCUUUAUAUUCUUUGCCAGUUGUGAGGCUUUUCUGUUGACUGUCAUGUCCUAUGAUCGAUAUACCGCCAUUUGUAAGCCAUUACAUUACACACAGAUCAUGAGUUGGAAAGUGUGUGCACAGUUGGUGUCCAUUGUGUUGUGUCUCAGCGUUACCCAUUCGUUAAGUCACACACUUUAUGCCUUAAAAUUAACAUUUUGUGAAUCAGAUAUUAUAGAAAGCUUCUUCUGUGACCUUCCACAAAUGUUUAAGAUCUCCUGCAGUGACAUCUACUUCAACAUUGUUCUUAUUCUUCUCUUGGGUGGCUUCCUUGGAGUUGGGUCUCUCGUGCUGACCUUCCUGUCAUAUGCCUAUAUAUUCAAAACAGUUCUUAAGAUUCAAGUUAAAGGUAAUAGGAGUAAAGUUUUCUCUACUUGUACCUCUCACCUAACAGUGGUCUUUGUAUAUUUUGGCUCAAUUUUUUUCAAUUAUUUUUGGCCAAGUACUUAUCGUAACUCUUCUGGUGACAAAGUUGUGUCUGUGUUUUACACAGUGAUCCUUCCUCUCCUCAAUCCUCUCAUCUACAGUCUGAGGAACAAGGACUUCCAAAAAGCAUUUCAAAGUGGUUUCAGAAUGAUCUUGCCACCGAAAUAGAGAUACUGUAUAUAAAGAUAGAAACAUACUUUUCAUGACCUAUGUAGAAAAUCCAUUGAACAGAUGUCUAUAUUAAUGUCUCUAAUCAGAACUCUUUUUUCUGUUUGUUUUGGAUAGAAUUUAAAUUUUGUUUAAACCCCCAUUAGGUUUUGCUGACAUCCUGGGUUUGCUUUUUAAAUUCAUCAUAACGAAUGUUCGUAAUUGUUACGAAAAGUUAACGAACCUAACGAAAAUUCGUAUUCAAUCUAAAUUGAAUUUCAGACACAAUUACGAAAUAAGAACUAACGGACUACAAACCCAGGAACUCAUCACAGCACAAGGAUGGUGGGAGCCCCUCAUAAUGAGCACAGCAGG